UCAGUUUCUAUUUGAUUCUCUUUGUGAAAAGUUUGUUGUCUAUUCUUAAAAAUGUUUAGUGAUUUUAAGAAAAUUCUUGAUUCUGGAUAUAGUUAUAAGAAAUCUUUAGAAAGGAACCAUCUGAAACAAGAAAGUGUUGAUUUGUUGAGAGAAAAAAUUAAAAAUUCGAAUAUUGUGCCAAAAUCACUCACUGAUAAGCAACUCCUAAGAUUCUUAACAACAUACAAAUAUGACAUCAAUCAAGUUGCAAUCUUGAUAGAAAAUUACUACAAUUACAAGGCAUCAGUUCCAGAAUUACAUCAAAAUCGUGACAUCUGGUCAAAUGAGAUCAGAAGUGCAUUGAAAAAUCAAUACUUUAUGUUCCUUCCAAUCACGUCUGACAACAAAAUGUUGAUUUUUCAUAGUGUUAAGAAUUCUGAUCCAAGUACAUAUGAUUAUGAUUUAGCUAGUAAAGUGUACUUGAUGUUGUUUGAAGCCUACAAUUACUACUACGGACCAUUUACAGAGGCAAUUCUCUUAUUUGAUUUAAAGGCAGCAGGUUUAAGGUUUUUAUUUAAACCAAGCGUUUCAUCAAUGAGAAAUAUGGCAAAAUUUGUCGAAGAUGCGAUUCCUGUCCAUGUACAAAAAGGAAUAAUUUUUAAUACAAUGAAGGCAUUCGACUUGAUCAUAACAAUCUGCAAACCAUUUGUCAAAACAGAAUUGUCGCAGAAAUUUCAAUUCUUACAUUCCGACGUCGAUUACAACAAAUUUCACGAAACACAAGUUCCAAAAAGUCAUUUGCCAAAAGAAUUUGGUGGAACUUUAGGAACACUUGAUGAACUUCAAGAGAAAAGCGUACAGCUUUUUAUGAACUUGAGAGAUUAUUUUGUGUUGGAGGAGAAACAGGCAAGCUUUGAAUUUGAUGAUUAUAUUAAGGAUCAUCCCGAUGAAGUUCAUCAUUCUGAUUAAACCACUAUUUCAAUUCAGAUUUUAUCCUUUAAUCCACAAAGGUAAAGGUAUAAGCUAGACAAUCCUUUAAUUAUGUUUGACUAUGGAAUUAUUCAUUAUAUUAUCAAAAUAGGUUUCUUAAUUUUAGUUUGUGAUAGAAGAUUUAAAGCUUUGAAUAAAAU